UCGCGACUGUAGUUGAUGGGAGGCGGACAGUGUAACUCGCUCUAGCUGAUUUUUUCUCCCUUACACAGCAUGCAUGGCUUUUGUUUCUGAUGCAGAGAAAAGCACUUACCCUACACACUGUACUUGGGAGCCCUUUGUAAGUGCCCGAGCGCACAGUGUGGCACCCGGUCUGCGCUCUGCAGCUGCAUAGACUGUGCUCAGUGGCCCCCACGGCUAAACUGGUUUUUUAUAACAGAAGGGGAGACUGAGAGACUGAUUACAGGGUACACAGUGGAGACUGGGCUACCAUCCGUGCUGUUUUAAACGCCAACAGAAGCUGGAAAUUAAACUUUUUUUUUCUUUUUACGCAUCUAGCCGACUGAGGCUACUCUGGACUGAAGUGUUGCCGAGUUUACUGCGCAUCUCAGGAGUGAAUUAUUUCUUGCACUGGCUUUUACUCGGCUCAAACUGUGAAGAGGAGGAGAGAAAAGAGCUGAGUUUGCUUUAAUAGUGAAUCAGAGGAGCAAGGAGAGAGGGAGAGAAAGAGCAAGCACACCGCUCUCCCCCUCUGUCUGCACAGCUGGGCAGCAUGGUGCAGAAAAUGAGCCACACAGAGAGCACCACCGAGGCGCUGUCCUUCUUCGCCGGGGACUCGAGCUCCGACUCCGGGGCGUGCAUGGACCUUGAAACGGCCGCUUCGCCUCUCUCCCCGGGCUCCACCGCUUCUUCGACCGCCGGCGACAAGUUGGGAGACAACCCGGCGUGGUGUAAAACUCCCAGCGGUCACAUCAAGAGACCCAUGAACGCGUUCAUGGUGUGGUCCCAGAUAGAGAGGAGAAAAAUCAUGGAGCAGUCCCCGGACAUGCACAACGCCGAGAUCUCAAAGAGGCUGGGGAAGCGGUGGAAACUGCUCAGAGACAGCGACAAGAUCCCCUUCAUCAGAGAGGCGGAGCGGCUCAGGCUGAAGCACAUGGCGGACUAUCCCGACUACAAGUACCGGCCAAGAAAGAAGGUAAAAUCGAGCGCAUCCAAGCCCGCAGGAGAGAAGGGGGAAAAGCUCAACUGUAGCUCCAACAACACCAGCACUAAGACGUCCUCCUCUUCGAGGAAGACCGGAUCCAAAUCACCCAGCAGCAGCAGCAAACCCCACAAAUCACUUUUCGGGAGCAGCAGCAAUAGCACCAAAGCAUCAAUGUUUGCCUCUGAGCACCCAGCAGAGCACCACCACAACUCUCUCUACAAGUCCAAGUCCGUCUCCUCCUCAGUAGCCAAGCAGAUACCUGAUGGCAAGAAGCCCCGACGAGUGUACGUGUUGGGGAGCAGCGGGACUAGCUUGAGCGUGAGCCCGGCGUCUUCCGUCGUGGUCCCGGCCAGCCCGACGCUCAGCAGCUCGGCGGACUCCAGCGACCCGCUCAGCCUGUACGAGGACGCGGCCAGCGGCAGAGAGGAGGGUGCGGACUCCCCCGGCAGCAGCGGCAGCUUGGGCGGCUCUUCGGAGCGCCACGGUGGGCACACGUACAGCAGUCGGCGGGCUUCCUCGCCUACCCCCUCCGGCUCUCACUCCUCCGCCUCGUCGCACUCCUCCUCGUCCUCCUCGGAGGACGAAGAGUUCGAGGACGACUUGCUCGACAUCAACCCGAGCCCCAGCUUUGAUAGCAUGUCGCUGGGGAGCUUUGGCUCCUCGGUGCUGGACAGGGACUGGGAUUUGAACUUUGAGUCCGGCUCCGGAGGGUCCCACUUCGAAUUCCCCGACUACUGCACACCCGAAGUCAGCGAGAUGAUCUCCGGGGAUUGGCUAGAGUCCACCAUCUCCAACCUGGUGUUCACGUACUGAGAAAGGCAAGAGACGACAGGUAACAUCCUGAAAGCAAAUUAAUAAUAAUAACGAGAAGAAGAAUGAGACCACAAACAGAAACGGGGACAUAAGUGGGCGCAAUAGUUUGUGUUAUAGGUUUAACUGCAUCAGACUAUUAAAGCCCCGCUGAAACUACCCCCCAGUCCUUUCUCGUCCCCCAAAAUAGGCAAGAGGCUGCAUAUCCUUGGAGAGCUACACUUUAAAGCAAAUAAAUGCCUUUUCUAGGCUACUUUUCUUUGGAUGCGUCGACUGUGGGACUUAAUACCAACACGACAGUGAAGGGGGUGAAGAAGAAGAAGAGGAAGUAGUACUGGAGACUGAAAACGCUCAGUCGUGGACUGUUUUGAACUGAACAACUUUACUGUGAUUGAUUUGCACGUCGUUCACUUAAUCAAUGUUGUUGACGAUUUAGCAAAAGAAAGAAAGGAAAAAAAGAGACAUUUUGCAACUUUUUACCAAUCGCCAGGUGAACUUCACCACUAAAAAGGUACAGAAAUGGGACUGCCGUGCGACAUUUUUUGUUGUUGUGGUGUGUCACUAAAGAGGGAUUUAAAAAAAAAAAA